AUGUCUGGUCUCGCUGCGCUACAUUGCUCCACUUUUGCUCAAGGUUUCAGUAACAAUGAGCGUCAGGCUGCCGCCAGAGCAUUACUUAGGCAUGACGUCCAGAUAGACGGCACUCAUUAUCAAACCAAGACAUUUGCUGGCCUUCAUCCCUCAUACAUAGCAUUCCAACCCAUCCAACAGCACGAGUCAGAGAGAACUCUCUCUCAGAAAGAACUAUGCGAGGCAGCACUGCAAGACGUGUUCGAUGCGAUCACCAUGCAGGACCGUCUUGACGGCGGUAUCUCUCUACUUAUUCGAUGCGCAGGAUCUGACGCAAUCUCACCGGAGAAAAUUGCUUUGGACCUCUACAUUACACCCCGAGAGCUGCAUGAAGCGCCUCAGCAGAUUGGAGGAGACGUCGCUGUAUUAGUUCAAGCGUUUGCUCAAGAAUUCGCAGUCCCCCAUCUCCAGCGUUUCACUAAGCGUUGUGCCAUCGAAAAGAUCCAGCCACCGAAGUAUUUUCCCGCUGCUCACGUUAACACUGAGGGUCCACAAUACCUCCCUGGACCUGUCGUUCCUACUGGGGCUCGUAUUCUCUGCUCCGCGCAGGCACCCAAAUCCUUCUUGAAGAACUUGCAAAAUUCAUCCCCUGCUGUUGCAGGCUCAAAGCAGCCGAAUUCGGCAGCGAUUCGUGAGGGAGCCGAAUGGGCAGCGAAAGUUGCCACCAAAGUGAACCCAUUAACUCCACGUUCGCAAAUUCGUCAACGCCGGCCAGCGGAUGUCUUCAAUGCCAAUAGCGACCCUGGCCCGAUUUUUUCGGGACAGCCAUUGACAGAACUCUAUCGUGAUGUUCACAAAUUUGAACCCCCAUUGAUUAGUAUCGGACCCAAUACUGACACUGCCCUCGACCAGUUCAAACUGGGAGACGACACAUUACCUAAGCUACGUCUGUUGGUUUCAACAAAAUGGGAUUUGACCUAUGAGCAAGCUUCGGUUUUAUCAAGGGCGCUUCUCGCAGACCUUCGAGGAAUGCCACUCAACCAUGAGAUUGUCGAGAUCACGUUGGACUUCUUAGUUUGCAACACUGUGUCAAUUUACUGUGGGAUCUUAUAUCGUGGAUCAGAGAGACAAUUUAAUGUCUCCACAAUGGUGUCCCAAUCUUUCUAUACUAGCAAGAAUGACUCGAGGCGUGUUCGAACACAACACCCUCGCAUCCGUCCAAAAGUCACCAUGAGCAAAGAGGCACGCGCCACGCUUACUGCUGGACGACGUGCCAAAUCUCGUCAGUUUAAGGUUGCUCUUGACGAGGCUUGGAACCAGCUCGACGACGCAACGAAGACCAUUGCAUCAGCCCACCACAAGAGCAUUCGCCGGGUACAAAAUGAUUUAUAUUGGCGCACCAAACCGAAUAUGUGGAACGCGUUCUGCUGGAAAAAAGGUCAAGACAGUGAGAAUCGGAACCAGGGUCGAGACACGCUCAAACAACUAGUUCGCGAGCAUAAGGAUGAGUAUCUUGCACUCUCGAAGGAAGAACAAGAAGUCCUGCUGAAGGAGUAUACCGACUGGACGAAGACGAAGACGACCGGCACACGGAUCUCCACCAAGUCCAAGAUUAUCGAUAUCACACAGACCUUAAAGGCUGUGGAGAAUGAGCUCAAUAGCCUGCGUUGUCGAACGGGUGCAGAAACUAUCCUAUACACGACCCGUGGGUCAACCGAUCUUCCCCUCCGUGGUGUAACCUUCACGACCGAAGGUGUUGAGCACUUCAUGCACUCUGUGAUGAGUAUUGACAAUCAAGACUUGGUCAGUAAAAUGGAGGGCUUCGCCAUCCAAGGAAUGAAAGGGGCCGCAAAAAAUCACAAAGAUCGUGUCUCUGAUGUACGUUCAGCCAUCCGCGAGAUAAUCAACAGUGGUCUUCGGAAGAUUACUGGGGAACCUCGUGCCAACAUGCAGUGGACUCACUAUUUCCGCAACAUCGUGCGACGUUAUCAAGUUACAAUAGUGGGAUGGCCCGACAACAUCCCAUUUGUGAACCUUAGCAAAGUCUCUAGCGCUCUCCCAGAGCUUGAAAGACUUUUUCAUUUGUGGGAUACACGUAUUACAUUCUGGAAGACUUUAACGGAUGAAGAAUUCGCGAAGAUCUGUCAGGAGCACAAUGAGAAGCUCAAGAGUGGCGAGAUCGAAGACAUUCACCGACGGACUCGAUCCGACAAAGGGACGAAGCGCAAGAGGCUGGCAGCUACCAAUAGUAACGACAACACAGCUCAGCGCAAGAAAUACAAAAGUGCUGAGACUAUCGAGGACAGUGAUGAGGACAACAACGAGGACAACAGCGAGGACAACGGCGAGGACAAUGGUGGGGAGACAACUCCCCAACCCUCUCCUCAUCAGCCGUCUAAUGCUAACACUACUCCCAACCUCACCUUCGAGCCAUCCGUCACCACUCCCAACUUCACCUUCGAGCCAUCCGUCACCACUCCCAACUUCACCUUCAAGCCAUCUGACGCCGCUCCCAACUCCUCCACUCCCCACGCAGCUGGGAGUUCCCUUGACGCCAACACUCAUUUUACCUUUCCUCCUUAUGUGCCUGGCAGUCCCCUCGAUGGCGACAAUCAUCCUAAUGGCCUUACUCAACUUGGCGCCUUUGAUUGUGAUGCUGCGUUGGAAACAUUAGAUCGAAUCUAUGGCCCUGCGCCGUCAUCAUCAACUGAUGUUGACAAUCCUGUGUUUGACUUCACUAAUAUCAAUAUGUUCGGCUCGACAUUUUAA